AUGGCGGCCGACUUUCAACUUCGUACAGUACUAUUAAGCACCUUGUUCUUCAAAUGCAGUGGCCAGUUCCCGAAGGUAUGUGUUUCACCAGAAUCACUGUCAAGUAAGGAAUGCUGUCCACAACCAGUUGGUUAUGACUCGAAAUGUGGAGGACCUGGUAGAGGGGCGUGUGUCGAUCUGUCGCCACCAAAAGCCGACGACUCUUCGCAAUUCGGUGGUGAUCUCGACCGUUUGGCGUGGCCGAGUACAUUCUUUACACGUGCGUGUAAGUGUGACGGUAAUUUUGACGGUUAUGACUGUAGUCAAUGCAAGUUUGGUUAUAAAGGAACGGAAUGCGACAAAGAAAAUCGUGUGACCAGACGAAAUAUCUUGUCAAUGUCUCAGUCUGAAGUUAAGAAGUUCCGAUCGUACUUAUUAAAUGCUAAAGACAAAAUAAGUGACUAUCAGAUAGCGACAAGUCUUUAUAUCGAUAUGUUAAAUGGUGAUAACCCACUCUUUAAUAAUGUAAACGAGUAUGAUCGUUUUGUGUGGAACCACUAUUAUGCAGCGCGAGAAAAUAUUCGACGACCUGCCGGUGUGAAUGACGGUAGCACUAUUAUCGAUUUUGCGCACGCUGGACCCGCCUUCUUAACCUGGCACCGGGCGUAUCUACUCUUAUUUGAACGCAUGAUACAACAGGUGAACAAUGACGAUGACUUUGCUAUACCGUACUGGGACUGGAGUGGUGCACCCAACUGUGAGAUUUGUACUGAAGAAUAUAUGGGAGAAAAUUCGCCUUCUCCGCCUCAUAACAUCCUAGGCGAGUUUUCUGGAUGGAAGGAUCUAUGCUCUGAUUUUCAACGUUUCCAUGACAUUGGCUUGAUUUGUAGUAAUGUCGACAAUUCGAAUCUGCCGAGUAUUACAAGACAUCCUGGUAGUAACAAGGUGUUGGACGAGUUGCCUUCUCUAGACGCACUUUACUAUACGUUGAGUAUGACUGAUUACGAUACAAGACCGUUGGUACCAACAUUGAAUGUGUCGAUUUCCUCUCAUUGUAGCUUUCGGAAUAUUCUAGAAGGAUUUGCCGAUUCGGAAAGACAAACUGGUCUGUUCGCACCAUUUGGUUUACAAUCACAGAAUCGAGUACAUAGUUAUCUGAACGGUACAAUGGGAAUUGUGGCAUCGUCUCCAAAUGACCCUAUGUUCUGGCUACAUCACUCCAAUGUGGAUAGAAUUAUGGAGAAAUGGAUACGACGUUACAAUGUCAAUACAAACCACUAUCCACCAAAGGACAGCACACCUGUAGGACAAGAAGCUGAUUCCUAUAUGGUACCAUUCUUUCCAGUAAUGAAAAAUGGAGAAUUCCUGCAGAAAUCACAAGUAUUCGGAUAUACAUACGACAAUGUGGAUUCAGAAGGUAAACCUAUAAGUGCGCUUGAAAAAGAAAGAGAAGAUCAAUCCAUUGAUAGAAUGCAAGGAUGCGUUCUUUCUCCCUUGGAUGCAGAUCUACAGCUUGACCUUGGCAUUCCUGAGAUAACCGCAAUAUUGAAUUUGAAACCUUGGAAAGCGUUGAAAAUGAAAAAUGUGAACAAAAAUGAUGGCAACGAUGUGUUUAAAACGUUCAACCAUCCAUCAGCUGAUCAGCAACACAGCGACGGUGCAAGAAAGCCGCCAACAGGAACCAUAUCUGUCGCAGUCGUUGUGAUAGUCCUACUCAUUGCUUCAUCAGCGUUCAUCUCUAUAAAGGGUCGCAAUGUGUAUCAUCGAUAUAGGGGUUAUCAACCCAUUAGAGAAAUGGACACGGAUAAGAAAUUGUAA